GGAAGCAGGAAGAAACAUUGCAUCUGUUUCUCUUGUGGGGGGGGGGCGGUUUUCCUGGGUGCGUCACGGGGGUGGGGGGUUCUUCGAAGGCUCUUCGGGCCUUCGGCUGGAUGCGGAGCUGGGGAUGCAAGGCUGCUGGCGACGCUUUGCGCUCUGAAGCGCCGCCUGCUCGGCUGAGCAAAAGUGCGCCGCAGGCCUAGAGGUGCUUCCUAGGAGCAGGAGGGUCAAGCAGGGAGGACCCGGGGAGAAGGACGAGCCUCCAGGCGAGAGAUUGCCGCAAAGCAGAACGUAACUCUCCACCUCUUCUUCCCUCCGAGCUUUGCGGUGCAUCGCCGGGGCUAAAAACCUGGCCCUCGUCCUUUAAAGAUAGAUAUUGUUAACUCAGUUCUACCAAAGCACGCACCAGCAUGGCUUCAUGGAAUGGCAGAAACCCAGCAGACAGGAGAAGAACAGGAGAAAGGCGCAGAUCAUCUCAAGAAACAUCAGAGGACUUGGUAGCUGAACAGACUGAGGAGGUGUUCCGGAGCUAUGCUUUCCAUCGAUACCAGCAGGAGCAGGAGCAAACUGAGGGGGAUGCGCCAGUUGAUCCAGAAAUUGCUGCAAUUCAGCAGGAGCCAAAUAGCAUCAACAAUUCGGUGGGUCGACGCUUAGCUAUCAUUGGUGAUGACAUCAAUGCACGGUAUGAUAAGGAGUUCUCUGAGAUGCUGAAGUCCUUGCAGCCUUCCAAGGACAAUGCAUAUGAGUACUUCACCAGAAUAGCCUCCAGUUUGUUUGAAAGCGGCAUCAAUUGGGGACGUGUGAUAGCGCUGCUGGGCUUCGGCUACAGGAUGGCAAUCCAUGUAUACCAGCAUGGCAUAACUGGCUUCCUGAGAAGAAUUGCACGUUACAUGGCUGAAUUCGUGCUACACAAUCGCAUUGCACGAUGGAUUGCUCAGCAAGGAGGAUGGGUGGCAGCACUGGACUUGAGCAAUAUUUAUUGGAAAUACAUGUUGAUGAUAGCCGCCGUGAUUGUGCUGGGCCAAUUCGUUCUACGGCGUUUCUUCAAUGACUGACAGGAAAAGAAAAUGCUGCUGGUUUAUUGCAUAAAAAAGAAAGAUCCAAGAAACAACAAAAUGGGAAAUAAUGCAUGUUACCAGCUUCUGUUCCACCAGGACAUCCGUUUAUUAAUCCUCUGCGUGGUGAUUCCAAAGCAAAAACUUUAGUUAAAAGAAGAGUGGCACCAACCCUGAGGCAGAAUUUGUUCCAUCAAGCCGCCAUUGACCAGCAGAUCUUCAUGGGAAACUCCAGGCAGGUACUCAUGGUAUUGCAGAUGAGAA